AUGUCGUCCUCCAAAGAAAAAACACCAAAGCAAAGAAAGAACACCAAUAUACCCUCUUCGUCAACUUCCACACAAAAAAGCGAUCAACGAGGUCAACCGUCUCAAACUAAUCACAAUGGCAGUGACAACAACACUCGAGCUCAACGACAACAAGAUCUAGAGUUUAACUUCAAAAAUAUAAUACAAAUGGCCUUUCAGACCUUUGUUUUUAUUUAUUUGAUUUCUUGGUUUUUUAAAGGUAGUUCACAAACAUCAGAGAAGGCCAGCAACUCUGAAAUGUUAAAUAAUAGUCAGCAACCUGGAGCUAACGGAGUUCCAACUCAUGAUAAGGUGUUACCAUAUUGGCAAUUAGAUUCAAAUAUAAAUUUAAGGGUUUAUGUAUCGGAAAAUGAAAACUUUGACCAAUUCAAUGAUCCAGAUGCGCUUGUUUGGCACGCGGCUAAUAUUCGAUUUGGAAACUGGAAUGAUGAACGCGAAAAAUCGUUGGAAAUUCCAACAUCCCCGAAUGUACAAAAAAAUGGAACUUUAUAUGCACACAUUUAUCUGACUCUGGAACAGGCGUCACCUAAUCCUCAAGAUCAUGCGUACGAACCAAAUAUGCUAGUCUAUAAAAGAAAAUGUAUGUCAAUCAUCACACAUCUCGGAACUUUAUGGCUGGAAAAAAAUAGCAGUAACAAGGAUAGACCUAUAGUAUCUCAUUGGUGUCAAAAUUUAACUUUGAAUAUAGUAUCCGAUAAUGUCGUGUUACCUUAUUCUCAGUUUCCACCAGUGAUCACGUCAGAAAUUUCAUUGGAGGUGAGUGGAAAAAAAGAUCCAUCCGGUAAACACGGUUAUUAUCUUCCAAUAGUGUACAUUAACGAUUUCUGGAUAUUAAAAGAGCAUAUGACAUCCAUCAAUGAAACUGUCAGAACUCUCCCGUUGACUGUGAAAUUUUAUCCGUUAUCGUUUUUAAAAUUCCAAAUGUACGCACAAAUGCAAGAAUCAUUCCAAGUUCAAGCAGAAUUGCUAGGUGGUAAUGCCCACAGUGAAUUUGAUGAAUUCAAGCGAAUGUUGCUUGAAACCAAUCCAAUAUUGUUAGGCGUGACAUUUUUUGUUUCACUGCUACACAAUAUUUCGGAUUGGAAAAAUCGUAAAGAAAUGACGGGAAUUUCUAUUCGGACCAUUUUUAUGAAUAUUUUCUUUCAAUUGAUUAUAUUUUUGUACCUCUUUGAUAAUAAUGAGGAGACAAGUUGGAUGAUUUUGAUUGGACAAGGGAUUGGAUUGGCUAUUGAGAUCUGGAAAAUUAAAAAAGCCCUUGCUGUUGAGAUCAAACCCUCGCAAAACACAAUUUUCCCUUAUUCGAUACGCUUUGUUGAUAGACACCAGCUUUCCGAGUUGGAGAAAAAAACCAAAGAAUAUGAUCAACUAGCCUUCCGAUACUUGUCUUGGAUAGCACAUAUGCCAUGGAAAACACUCAUGUAUAAGACACUAGGCACAUUUAUCGAUGAUUUAUUCGCAUUUUGUAUCAAAAUGCCCAUGCUUCAUCGGCUAGCUUGUCUCCGAGACGACGUGGUAUUUUUCGUGUAUUUAUAUCAACGAUGGAUUUAUCCGGUAGACGAGAAAAGAGCCAAUGAGUAUGGACAAGUUGGCAGCGAGCCGGAAACGGAACAACCUAAUAAAAUUAUAAAUGGUCACGAUAAUGAUUUCGCUUCGGAAUUUAUCAAAGCAUGA